CUUUAACCCCUCACUUUCUGUGUCCUUUUCUUUGUUACGCAUGCGCGCUCUUCUCUUGCUGCUGCUGGCUAGUUGCUUGUUGGCCGUUGCGUCAGCGCAGACGCUGGUGCUGCCAGCCUUCACCUCCAACUCUCGUAUUUCGACCGAGCUCGACCUCCCAGACGAGCAACAGACCAUUUUCAUUCGCGAGCGCACCGUGACUUACAACUAUGACUUGAGCCCAAACCCAAUGACGCUGGUCAGCGUUCUGAGUGCCAGCACGAGCAUUAAAGCCCUGAUCCAAAGCAAUACUGAAUUUACCAUGUACUCGAGCGCCUCGGGAUGCUCUACGCUCGGCCCAGACCCGAUUGCCUACAUUCCUCUGGACUCGGCCUUCCCCGGCUUCACGGGCCCGAAGCGCAAGUACUACUUUGGUUUGCGCGACCUCUUCGCCAACAACGACUUUAGCACUGCAGUCUUUGAUAGUCCACAAAACUUCCGAGGCAUCAAUUGCAACAUGUUCAAGGUGUCCAACAUUCAGAAGGCCGGAUCGUCCUAUGACGCUUUCAUUUACGUGCCUGUGGACCCUUGGAUCUGGUAUGCCAGCGCCCCGGGCGCAUGGAUUGCUGCUGUUCACUUUGUGGGAGUCAUCUGCCCCGAUGUGGCUGUUCCGUGUUCCGUCAGCGAUGCUGGACUCGUUCCUUUCCAGCAGUGGUACAACUACUUCUUCCCCAUCCAAGACACUGCCGACACUGAUACGUCUCUCGAUCUCGGGCUGCUGGCGUCGUGCCCCUUGUUCACAUCCUGCGGUUGUCCCGACCCUGUCGUCCCGACGGUGCCGUAUCCCGUGUUUGCUCCGACCGUCACCGCCGAAGUUCUUGUUACCAACUAUGGGCUGCAGCAAUCCAACUUGACGUACGAAGGCUGGGACUUUGUGAGUCCGACGCCCAUGAACGGGUUGCCUGCGGAAAACAGCUGGGUGGUCAAGUCCAACGCAGGAUUCUUUGACCAGAGCAUUUAUGCCGUCGCCUUCACGCGCAAUCUGAUCUUUGAGCUGGAUUCGACCUACCUGUGCAAGCUCACCGAUAUUAGCGACAAGUCUGUGGCCCUGCUCAAUCCCAAGCCGGACAACUUGUUCCAGCUGCCUCCUGCCAUCAUGGACUCGAUCUACAGCCAGAUCUUGCUGUCCAGCGACCCUAUCGUUAUCCACGGCUUGAUUGACUUUUACAUUAUUGCCAAUCAGCUGACCUUGACCUACAACGGGCAGCACGUCGUGCGUGGCAUCAAGUGCCACUCCUGGUUUGCCUGGUUUGACACGCCCGUGUUGCAGAACAAGGUUGUUCCCACUCAUCGCUACAUUCUGACCAUGGACUUUGCCAUCGACGAGUGGGACUUUACCGAAAGCAGCGUUCAGCUCCAGUCGACCCCCGUUCGCUUCCAGUUGAUUGACCUGCCGACAGCGCUGCCGACGUUUGAUAUCUCCAUUCUGUGGGAGGACGACUGCUACGAAAAGGCCACGAAGGCCGGCUUGAUUGCCAACUACUGGAUCUACGACAUCUUCUCCAUCACUGGUGGGUUUUACCCUGUGUGCACAGACGUGGUGUACGACAUGUGCAAGGCCAUCGCGCCACCUGUCAAGCCAGAGUGCCCGACCUGCCCAUGCCCAGUUUGCCCAACGUAUCCCACCUACCCGAACUACCCCGACGUGCCCCCUCCGAUCAAGCCAGAGUUUGAGUGCUACAUUAACGUGCACGACCAGGUCUCGGGCUACCAAAAGUUCUGCAAGACGACCUACUCGAAGAUUGUGCAGUCCUGCACCAUUACCGUGUACCAGACAACCACCAUCAACACCGUGGUCGUCAUCAAGGGCAAUGGCGAGUGCAACUGCAAAGGCAGCUACGAGCACUACAAGCCAGAGUCGCCGUGCGUCGCAGCCAAGCUGCCGAGUUAUCUCGAUCCGUUCGAGCCAGACUACAAAUCGAGCAGCGUCAACCGGCGCGAGACCUUGCAGGCGCAGCAGAGCGACCUGAUUUUCAACUCGACCAGCGAUCCUUCCGUUGAGGACUUGACCCAGGACAUUGUUCUCAUGUUUGGCCGCCUCGAUCUCGUGAAUGCAUCCUUCAUCGACAACCGCACAGUCGCUGGCGUUGUGACCCAGUACUGGUUGGGCUACGUGUCGACCACCAAUCUUUGGUUUGGCUUCUACUUUAUCGUCACAACCGGCAACGCAACGACCAACACGAGCUACACUCCCUUCCGCCUUGAAGUGUUCCAGUUUACCACUUGUUCCCAGAACAGCGCGAACGGCACGGGCCAAUGCUCUACCAGCGGCUUCCUGUCGGGGAACGGCAAUCGCAACUACACCAUCUUCCGCACGUACGAUUUCAUCCAUGUCACUCCUCCGGCGCAAGCGCUCCAAGCGCAAGACUUCAACCUGCCGUGCGUGUCUCCCAAUCCAUCUUAUCCAGGCGUUCGCAGCUCCAGCUACGCUCCCACUCCGUCCUACUCUUCGUACUCGUCCUCGACGUACAGUUACAAUUCGAGCCGCACGGCGACGCCGACUUACAACACCUCGUACAGUUACAACACGAGUCGCACGGCAACGCCAACGUACAACACUUCGUACAGUUACAACACGAGCCGCACUGCAACGCCGACUUACAAUACCUCGUACAGUUACAACACGAGCCGCACUGCAACGCCGACUUACAAUACUUCGUACAGCUACAACACGAGCCGCACGGCAACGCCAACGUAUAACACUUCUUACAGCUACAACACGAGCCGCACUGCAACGCCGACUUACAACUCGACCUACAGCUACAACACGAGCCGCACUGCAACACCAACGUACAACACUUCUUACAGUUACAACACGAGCCGCACCGCGACGCCAACGUACAAUACCUCGUACAGCUACAACACGAGCCGAACAGCGACACCGACUUACAACACCUCAUACAGUUACAACACGAGUCGCACUGCAACGCCAACGUACAAUGCAACUUCCCGGUACAACACGAGCCGCACAGCGACGCCAACUCACAACUCGACCUACAGCUACAACACGAGCCGCACAGCGACGCCGACUUACAAUGCAACUUCCAGGUACAAUACGAGCCGCACCGCGACACCAAGUUCGUCGCGCAACAUUUCGUCCACAGUGUCUCGCUCGUCUUCCGUCCAGUCGUCAAGCCUGUCUUCCUCUCGCACUCCUGUUGUUUCCAGUUCGUCAUCCGCUUACUCCAGCAAUACUCCCAUUCCGACAGAGCCGCCUAGGUCGAGUCACUUUGUUGAAGAGCCCGUGCUGAGCCCAACCGACAGCGUCGAAAACCGUCGCCGCGCGCUACGUGAUGAAGAGCCGUGGAAAGAGCAAGCAGAGCAACACAGCGAAGGCAACAAUCCGUCAGCCGUGAUCCUGUCGGUGGCCUGCGUUGCGCUGCUUGCUGUCGCUGCUGGCACCAUGUUCCGCGCAGUUCGUCGCCGCAUGCGCCAUGUCCGCUUUGCUGCGCUGCGCACAACCCUGAAUGCAGUGGCAACCGUAUAAAUCGCCACUUGAGAAUUGCAUCUGUCCGCUUUGUGACGUUGUGUUUGUGAAUUGCAUGUCAUCCAAUGUACAGCAGAUUGAGCAUGGAUCUUGCAGCGAUCGCCGAUUUGUUUUGCCUCA